UUGAAAGGUACUUGAUCGGAAAGAGAAUACUGUCUCAUUCUUUCCCAGCUCUCGUGUCAGUUGUAGCGAGGAUCAAUGUUUUCAGAAGCUUAUGGAAGCUGUCAAAAGUGGAAAACUAUACCAUAAUCCGAGAUUUAUCUUGGUGUUACAUUCUUGCUUUAAGCCUUUUCUUUUGGUUGAGGACAAAUAUGGCUUCCUUCGAGAAGUCCAGAAAUAGCACCAAAUAGAUAGUAAAACCGUGUUGUUGAAUGGCUGAUAAAAACGACGACGAAAGCGAGAAGUGGUGUGCUGUAUGCAGUGAUAGUGCCUCCGGUUACCAUUACGGUGCGAACACUUGUGAAGGCUGCAAGAGUUUCUUUAAGAGGACAGUACAGAAAGAGCUGCUGGACAAAUAUGAGUGUAUUGCUGAUGAAAGCUGUCCCGUAGACAAGCAGUCACGGGCCAAAUGUCAGUUCUGUCGGCUUCAGAAAUGUUUUACAGUGGGGAUGGUCGCAGAAGGGGUAAGAAAAGAAAAAAAGCGUGGUGGACGAUCAUUCUAUCCACUAAAGAAACAGAAAUGUGAUGAAACAACUGAGAGAAAUGUGAAUCAAGACACAAAUAUUGUAUAUUGCUCUGAACUCAUUGAAAAACUUAUGGAAAGUAGUCCUUGCAUCAUUCCUCCUGGAGAGUCAGAUGAGAAUCCAAAGGAAGCAGAUGGCACAGAAAGCAGGGAAGGAAUGCUUACCAGACUUUCCACUGCAAUUACCAAAGAACUAUACUUGAUUGUUGAAUGGGCCAAACUGGUACCGGGUUUUGAAAAUCUUUGCCGUAAGGAUCAGAUUGCUUUGUUGACUGCUGGAGGAAUGGAACUGAUUGUGUUUCGAGUCAUUUACAGGUCUAUUCCUUACAAAGAGUAUGUGUACAUGAACUCAACCACUCUUCUUGAGAGAGAGGAUUGUUACAGUGUGUUAAACAAAGAAAUUGUUGACAUGAUUCUUGAUGUGGUAGAAAGACUUAGGCCCCUUGCCAUGGAUCAAGUAGAAUUUGCUUGUUUAAAGACUAUUCUCUUAGCUAAUCCAGAAACAUCAGGACUUUCUGACAAGAUUGCAGUUGAAGCACUUCAAGGGUCAUUUCUUGCAGCUCUUAAAGAUCACAUGGAGUUAAAUUACCCUGAUCGUUCAGGACGCUUUGCUAAGCUUCUUCUCCGGUUACCAGCUCUUCGUGAUGUUUGCACUAAAGGCUAUCAGUAUUUCUUGCUAGUGCGGGCCAAGCUGGAGGGAGAAAUUCCAAUGUCAACAUUACUACAAGAAAUGUUUGAAUCUGCAAGGUUUUAGAGAACAUACCUCUAACCUUCCUUGGUACAUAAUAUAGGGACAUUAACUUGGAAGUUACUUCAAAUGGAGUAGUUUUAGAGAAAAUACCUUCAUAUUACUGUCCGAGUCAUUGGAAUACGGACAUCUUCAUCCCAUGGAAAUGUAUGUUGUGGCUCAAAUUUUUACCUUGUUUCUAAAAUGUUACAAAUCAGUUUGGCUUUUUUCUUUUCUUUUUUUUUUUUGCCUUGUAUUCAUUGGUGAACUUAAUAUUUUGGAAUAAAGGUAGGUAACACUGGUUUAUUAAUUCUUAGCACAAGUGAAAAAUGUGAACCACAUCAUAUUUUUGACAACAAAAACUUUUGAGAAGCUUAAGCUGAAAACUUGUAGGUAAAUGAUUCUCCUGUUCUCUAUCAGAUUCUCCCACUUUUCAGGUUGUAUAAAGUUUGUUAAUUCUGAGAGGGACAUAUUGGUACAUUUUGUAAAUUCUCGUAUUUCCAAAUUUUUUACACAAGCUUGUGCAGACUGCUCACAUUCAUUUUGCUGAUAGGAUCAGGUUAUACAUGUCUCUAUCUCCAUAUUAAGACCUGCUGUGAGCAGGUUAGGAGAAGAAAUAGUCAUUGUUGGGAAAAAUAGAUUGUUUACUAUGGACGUAACGAUUUGUAUGAAUUCAAUCAAGAGAACGUUGUACAUAACACAAAUAUCAAAUAAGUUGUAUGAUUUGUUUGAAUCGAAUUAAAAGUAAUGAAUUGGA